AUGCCCACCCAAAGCACAACCAAGCAAGAAGGUAAUAGACACGAAAUUGAAGCCAGCUUGACCUACCGAGGCCUGGGGGAACACCAAAACUUCAGCGUACCCAAAUCUGACGCAAGCCUGCUCAUGGGAUUAGUAAGAGCUUACCUGCAACUCAAUGGAGUGCAGCCAGUAGCACCCAAUGACAAAUCUGCCGAUGCUGUGCUAUACGUAUUGGUGGACAUUUUUGGCACUGUGCGCUCGCGCUUCGAUGCCUAUAUCUACAACAACGAAACGGUCAAGGCCGAAACUUCGCUGGAAAUGUAUGCCUUUGACAAAGAAGGCAAGCUUUUGAUGGCUCCUGUCAACGCCAAUCGCGAAGCAAAAUACCAAAAGCAUUACUUCCUUUGGGCCGGCCCAGUAACCACCCAAGAACAAGUUUACCAAGGCCAAGGCCUGCUCGUAGAUUUUUCAGACCAGUUGCCACCCAAGAGCAUGCUCUCUACAAGCCUGGUCAAAUCAGCGCGUAGCAACAAGCAAGGGCAAACGCCAGUAAAUAAAUACCACUUCAUGGGCAAAUGA